AUGUUACGACAUUCCAUACUCGCGUUGUUGCUCGCAAGACACAUACAUGCUGUCCAAUUGCUGACUCCAUACCCAUUUCGAUCGCCCUACGAUGACACAAUUGAUGAAGAUGAUAAAGAUUUCAACAACGGAGAUCCCCUUGCAAUCGAUGGCUCUAAUUUCCCGUGCAAAUUGUACCAGGAUGAUAACACUAACCCCAAUGCAACCGACAUAAAAGCUACAUACGAGGCCGGACAAUCAUACAGCAUCACUUUACUAGGCAACUCGACCUUCGGCGGUGGCUCGUGUCAAAUAUCAUUAUCGUACGAUAACGGCCAGACAUUCAAAGUCAUAUCAUCAAUCGAAGGCGGAUGUCCGCUCAACUCGACAUACGACUUUACCAUACCGAACUUCGUUCCUGAUUACAGCCAGGUUCUCUUGUCUUGGUCAUGGUUCCCCUUCCUCGGACCUCGUGUCAUGUAUCAGAACUGUGCCCGGGUGCAAAUUGGUAGCGGCUCAACCAAAAGAAGCACACGGCACACUCGCAAGCAACGGCGAUCGUACUACUCAAAACGUCAGGCAACGGCCCUAGAAGACCUUCCGGACAUGUUCGUGUGCGACGUUGGCGAAUUCGGCAAUGGAUGCACCACUAUCGAGCAACGAAAUCUCAUCUUUCCCGACCCCGGCGACAACGUUGUCAUCGGACAGAACAACGAGACAGCUGAUCCUGGCCCUGGAUACCGCUUCCCAGACAACAGUACAUCAAGCACAACGUCCGGCGCAACCACUCAGACCACCGAAUCGUCAGGCACAUCUGAGAUUACGGCCACAUCAAGUACUGGUGUAAUCACUACUGCUGGAGUAAACUACCACUACAUCAAGCACUUCUGA